CUAUUUCUCUAUGGAUUUCACCACCGCGUACGGCUGGUUGUGUGUGCGUUUUUCCUUUUCCGUAUUGUGGACUCUUUAUUUAGAGUUACACACAUGGUUUUAAUACAAAAAUAAAGCGUUUGUCUGGCGAUAUUUUUCAAGAAAUUUGUAAACAAUAUUAGCAAUGUGUCGAAUCACAAUUUGAUUAUUUUUUUUCGUGAUAGUGCAUUUUGGAGGUAAAAUGCCCGCUUCAAUUUGUGACCCAGUAUCAAACGCAUUGCGUUUAUCUCUUACGGCUGAAGAAUCACAAAACUCAUCGUUACUGGACAGUAGGUUAUAUUCAUCAGCUAAAAAUGUACUUCUAUCAAAGAUAGAAUUUGAAGAAUCUGGUGAUUAUCAAAGUAAUGUUCUUGAUGGACUCAAAUCAAAAUACGUGGUUAUUCGACCUAAAAAGCCUGUGUUGGAAACAAAACUUCUUAAAAAGGAUGGGAACUCAAGCGGCCAGACUAAUGAACAAAGUAAAUCUGGUGAAGAGGGCUUACCUAAGCCUAAACGAAUAUUAUUUCCACUUGAAAAGGUUCAACUUGGUUGGCAAGGAGCGUGGGCUGCUGGCUCAGGAAUGCAAAAUGUUGGAAACACAUGCUACUUAAACUCUACUUUGCAAGCUCUUUUCCAUGUACCUGCUUUCGCCAACUGGCUUGUGUCAGAAGCUAUUCAUUCUGAAAAAUGUAACCAACAAGAGGCUUGUGUUAUUUGUGGUAUGAGAGCAUCUUUGAUGGCGACGCAAAAGAGUGGUGGUGCUCCAAUAAAACCAUGGCAGGUGUAUUCCAAAUUACGCCUGAUUUGUAGACAUUUAACUCCAGGACGACAAGAGGAUGCUCAUGAAUUUUUAAGGUAUCUUAUUGAAGCAAUGGAAAAGUGUUAUCUAUCAAAUUUUAUAAAUUCUGAUAAAUUGGAUCAGUACAGUAAAGAAACAACACCAUUGAACCAAAUUCUUGGUGGGUAUCUGAGAUCAACUGUGCGCUGUCUGGCAUGUCAUCACUUGUCUACUACUUACCAGCAUUUUGAGGACUUGCUUUUGGACAUUAGAAAACAUUCAACACUAGAUGAAGCGUUGGAUUCUUUCUUUUCAAGAGAGAGAUUGGAAGACCUUGGGUACAAAUGUGAAUCAUGUAAUAAAAAGGUUUCUGCAACUAAACAGUUUUUUGUUGAAAGAGCACCAAUGGUGUUAUGUAUUGCCUUAAAGAGAUUUUCACUGGCCGGUGGAAAGCUGUCAAAACACGUGCAAUUUAGAAAGAAAAUCUCCCUUAGUAAAUAUAUGUAUAAUAAAAACACACACCAGCAAUUGUCUUAUAAGUUAGUAAGUUUAGUGACACAUUUGGGUCCUUCACAAAACUGCGGCCAUUACACUGCAAUUGGUCAAGCGCCUAACAGCAACUAUUAUCAAUUUGAUGACAGUUGUGUACGACCUCUGCCAUUAUCUGCUGUGCUAGGUACAAAUGCAUAUAUAAUGUUCUUUGAGAAGGAUAAUACUAUAGAGGACUCAAAUGGACCCACCACAUCGUCUUCUAGCGCAGUUUAUGGAAAUCAAGUUUCAGAGAGUAUUCUGAAUAGAGAAAAAAGUCCACUCAAAUUGACCCUUUAUAGAAAUGAAGACAGAAAACCUAUUCCUUUAGGUAAUACGACAAAUGAUUCCAAACCUGAACCUAAGCCUAUAAUUUUAAAUUCAACUCUUAGUAAGUCUUCAGACACAAGUAAUUCAAAUUCUGAACCUUGGGUAGUGAAGCAAAAUGGUGAAGUUGAAAAAGUAACAGCUCCUAAAGUGUUAAAUGGUGUAGAUAAACCUAAUUUCAAAGUUGUUGAUGAUAAAAAGAUAAGUUUUAUAAUUAAAAAGCAAAGCACUGAAGAAGGCCCCAAGCCUAAAAUUUUAAAAACGGAUUCAGAUCUCAGGUCUAUAAUACCUAUAGGCCCUAAACUGCCAGAAAAAUCUAUAUUAAACAGUAAGAUAGUUAAAAUACAAAAAUCACCCUUAGAAAAGUUAGAAGAACAAAUGAAUAAAGGAAAUCCCUCAGUAUACAUUCAAAGAAAUGGCACUAAUGGGUCAAAGUUGGUUCCAUACGAUUCCGAAUCAAGCAGUGACGAACGGUACGAUAAGUUGAAUGAUGAAAGGCAAAGAAAAGACGACUCAAAGGAUGUAAGAAAACCAAAGCCCAGUAGAUGUCAGUCACCUCAACAUCUCAUUGUUACUACUAAAGGAAUGCAUCAUGCAUGGACUGUUUCCAGUGAAAAUAGUGCUCCUCUACUAAGUCCAAGUCUGAAUGGAGACACAAACAAAAAGUUGAAGGACAAGGCUGAAGGUGCCGGGGAGACGGAGCAGAGUCCCAACACGAGCGUGAGCAGCAUGUCCCCGCUGAGUUCCCGCGGAGAAGGCUCCCCGCCGCCCGCGCCGCCGCCCCCGCAGCCGCCCACCGGCACCAUAGAGACCACCAGGCACUUGCAGGGCCUCUCGCAUAGAGGUUACGGAGCACCUGUGAGCUCUUGGAGCGGUACCCAUAGCAAUCUGUCGAGACAGGUAUUUGAAGAAAAACGUGAAGAGCGUAAACGCGCUAUGGAUGCGACUGACGAAAUGGACCGAGGUCGAACGAAAAAGGUUAAGAAGUUCCACCAUUACAAUCGCUUCAACAACAGUAGCCGGAAUGGAUAUAAUCCAUUUCAGGAAAAACAAAAUAAACUGCACUGGGGUAGCAGUAACUUCAAAUAUCGUAAUGAAAGACGACCUGGCCAUCAUUUCAAUAAACAUCAUGGCAAUAACAAAUAUAAGAGAUUCAAUAGAUUCAGCAAUGGGAACCACUACAGGCGCCAUUGACCCUGGCCGGUCAAUAGCUGUUUGUCAAUGUACAUAGUUGAAUGGACUUAAAAUUAGCUAGACAUUAUAUUAUAGCAGCCGAUAGGUUAAGUGCAGCCGAUUGGUAUUCAGACGCCACAACCGCCAUAUAAAGUUAUUUAAAAAGAAAUAUAGUGAAAUUUACUGUGACUAAAAACUUUAGUGUCUAUGGCAGGUAGCCUUUACUAUUUUUUGUAAAAUUAUAAUAUGCUGUGAAACUUGUAUUUUGUAUAGUGUAAACCAUAAAAGUGACUAAUAUAGUCGAACGAUGUAUUAAAUUCCCUCAAAAUGUGAUUAUUGAUGAUGUAUGCCUCACUAGUUAAGUAGUUUACAAGAGAGUUCAAGUUUACAAUUUAGCUCAAUCUAUAUUUGCGUAUUGUUAAAUCCUAAUACAUUUCCUAAUCCUGUAAUUCUUAUUACUCAUUGUUUCAAAUAAUUUUACUUGAUAUUUAAUAGUUAUUACUUAUGCAUUACUUGUCAUUUGUUAAAAGUGAUAUGUGAUGUUCAUAUAACAAAGUUAGUUUUCUUAUGCACUUCAUUUCAAAUUAAAAGUAUGAGGUUUAAAUGUAUAAUCAAUUAAAAUUACUACUGCUGAAUGAAAAAAAAAAUAGUUUUAUGCUUAGUAUUAUACAUCAUGUGCUUCAAAGUCCCAGGAAAUCAUUACAUUUGUGAAAUAUUUUUUUUUAAUUUAGAAGUAAAUAGAUAAAUAAGUUCUAUAUUUGUUUACAAGGUGAUUUAUUUGUUAUUUUAUUUUCUAAAUGUGUAUAUAAUUUAAACAUAAACCAAUUAAAUGUGUUAACUGGUUUGCUUUUAAUAAUAUUCCCAGAAUAUUUUUUGUAAGGAGUCUUUGUGCUACUAAUUGUAAUACAGAAUAUGAAGAAACAUAAACCCUGUGACAUAAAAUUGAAUUUAAAUAAAAUUAGUUAUAAAAAAUGAAAGACUAAACAUAUAGCAAUACUCAAUAAUCCACUAUGUGGUUGUUUUUAUAUUGACAUUUUUAUAGAUCACAAAUUGAAUGCAUUUUACAAUGAAAUAGCCUUGCCUAACAAUACUGUGUAAAACAUAGAGAAAAACCGACAAGAAAAUGUCGUAUUAGAUACGAGAUGUGGAUUUAAAACCGUUGUUUAGGUAUUUAUUUAUUUUAAAAGACUAUGAGGAUUCCUCUGUUUCAUAAAAACACUUUCUUGUUUUAAGGUAUGAGUGAUUUAAUUUUAAUUAUUAUUUAAGUAUUAAAACUAUCAUGGGUUACAGAAUAUGUUUAAAAAAGCCUCAUUUUAAUUGUAUAAUAGUAUAAUUUUCGACUUGUUAAGUUAGUGUGGGUGACCAUCCACUAAAUGCAUAAAGCAAUCUUACUAUCCGA